UUGUUGCACCACCAUUUUGGAAACAAUCUUGUCUCGUGAUAUGCACGCGGCGAAGCGAAGUCGGCCGGCAGACACAUGUACAGCACCACCGCUACAACCCGACUCCAUCAAUGCAGCCAAACCACGUGUGCGUGACCACGCGGCACACACUCCUCUCGUCGCCGUCGCAGCGAAUUCGGAUGGCGACACUUCCCAAAUGGACGAGUCCGUUUUGGAAGCGAUGGAGAAAACCCUACUGCGGUGCAUUCAGUUUGUCCUUGGCUCAAUCGAUCCCGUACAGGCAAGGAACGUGGCUCAAUGUGUCCUACACGUAUGUCGCCGCUUGCCCGUGCUAUGUCCACUCGCCCAAGCGUUGGAAGCGAAUGCGGAUGUACAGAAACUGCUGCAACAUGCCGAUUCAUCGUCAUCUAUGGAACUUUCGGUCCAUACAUCUUCUCGAUGGCAAUGGUUGUGGCCGUUUGGAAGUCGAACGCCGGUGGGGUCUCCGCGCGGCGGUGCCAUGCAUCACAUGUCUGCGUUUGAUUGCGACCAAAGUGGGGAUGCCGACACAGAUGACGAGGACGAUACGUCCAAUAUUGGAUGGGCCGUGCGAUAUAUGCAGCGUGAAGCCAAGUUGCCUCAGGAGGUCCAUCGACGGAUGCAGUUUAUGAUGCACACGCAAGUGCCAUUGAACCUAUUCCGCGUCGAAGUCAAAUACGCCGAGAAUGAAGAUCUGGACGGCGCCGUCGUGGGCAACGUCUCCCCAGAAAGCUUCCCUCCCACGCCCAUCGGACGUGAAUACCACACACAACGCGCGACGCAUUAUACCGUGGCAGUGUUGGACCGCGCGAACCAGGCGCUCCUGCAUCUCAAUGCGUGUACUUUGACAGAUCAUUGAAGCACUUGUCUUAAUUUAACGGUAUAUAUUUGGUGCUACAUGGCACUGUCGUCCACA